CUUCCUUUUCUUCCGUGGCCGCCAUUGCAUGAGGAGCGUGGUUCCCGGCGUGCCGUGAAAAUAUACUUAUAAAAUGGCUUGUGCCCGACCGUUAAUCUCGGUCUACUCCGAAAAAGGAGAGACUUCAGGCAAAAAUGUGGUUUUGCCCGCCGUGUUCAGGGCUCCUAUCCGCCCUGAUGUGGUGAACUUCGUGCAUACCAACAUGCGCAAGAACAGCCGUCAGCCCUACUGUGUCAGUGAACUGGCUGGUCACCAGACCAGUGCUGAAUCCUGGGGUACUGGCAGAGCUGUAGCCCGUAUUCCCCGUGUGCGUGGUGGUGGUACUCACCGUUCCGGCCAGGGUGCUUUUGGAAACAUGUGUCGUGGAGGUCGCAUGUUUGCUCCCACCAAGACCUGGCGUCGCUGGCAUCGCAGGGUCAACAUCACCCAGAAGCGAUAUGCCAUCUGCUCUGCCCUGGCUGCUUCUGCCCUGCCUGCUCUGGUCAUGUCCAAAGGUCACCGCAUCGAGGAGAUCCCCGAGGUCCCACUGGUGGUCGACGACAAAGUUGAGGGAUACAAAAAGACCAAGGAGGCAGUGCUCCUGCUGAAGAAGCUAAAGGCAUGGAACGACAUCAAGAAGGUGUAUGCCUCUCAGCGCAUGCGUGCCGGUAAGGGUAAAAUGAGGAACCGCAGACGUAUCCAGCGCAAAGGACCAUGUAUCAUCUACAAUGAGGACAACGGCGUGUCACGGGCCUUCAGGAACAUCCCGGGCAUCACACUGCAGAACGUCAACAAACUUGACCUCCUGAAACUCGCCCCUGGUGGUCACGUUGGCCGUUUCUGCAUCUGGACCGAGAGCGCCUUCCGCAAACUGGAUGACCUCUAUGGUACCUGGCGCAAAGCUUCCACCCUGAAGGUGGACUACAACCUGCCAAUGCACAAGAUGACCAACACAGAUCUGAGCAGGAUCCUGAAGAGUGAGGAGGUUCAGAAGGCACUCCGUGCCCCCAAUAAAAAGAUUCAGCGCAGAGUUCUGAAGAAGAAUCCACUGAAGAACUUGAGAGUGAUGAUGAAGCUGAACCCAUACGCUAAGACAGUCCGUCGCCGUGCUAUCCUCGCACACAACCCAACCAUCAAAGCUAAGAUGCUGAAGCCCAAGACGAAACCCAAGAAGGCUGGAAAGGCUAAGAAGCCUGCAGACGCUCCCGCGCCCGCAGCCGAGUAAAGCCCUGCUCUCUCGCGCUCUGAGACUCAGCAAAUGACUUCAAAUAAAAAACAGUGGGGAAAAAAAA